AUGUCAUUGGAAGUAAUUUACAUCGCCCGCCAUGGAGUUGUUGUCGUAUCUGGCUUCAUCUCCGAGACCGACAUCCCGACCACGAUGGAGGACGAUGCCCUUGGCGCCCCUCAGUUCCGGUCCAACUGGCUUGUCGACCCUUCGACGGGAAGCUACACGGCGUCCAUCCCAUCUCCGACAGGAAUCCCCGCAGACCCGGAGUUGACAGCACACGGCGUCGACCAGGCUAAGGAGCUGGGCGCCCACCUGCUGACCGUUGAGCCUCCAAUCGAAGCCGUCUAUUCCAGCCCCUACUACCGCUGUCUGCAAACAAUCACGCCCUUCGUCACCCUCCAGAAGGAACGCCUCAACCGCCUUCAAGGGCAGGACGUUGGGCGCAACGCCGACACCGACGCCAUCACCAUUCGUCCCGAGCAUGGCCUUUGCGAAUGGUAUGGCGCCGCCCCGUUCGAGCAUCCGACGCCGGCCUCGUCCGACGUGCUAAAGUCCAUGUUCCCUCACCUCAAUGACACGUAUCGGAGCGCCGUGUUUCCCGCCCGCAACGGCGAGACCAUCGCUCAAUUGCACGACCGUGUCGCCGCUGGCGUACAAGCCAUCAUCGAGCAAUGCGACGCCGAGGGCAAACGCGCCGUGGUCCUAUGCUCGCACGCCGCCUCCAUCAUUGCCCUUGGGCGAGUCCUCACCGGCGUCAUGCCCGAGACUAUCGAUGCGGAAGACUUCCGAGCCUUCACGUGCGGAUUGAGUAUGUACCGAAGGAAAGCACCAUCGUCUUCCGGGACACAAACCUCGGCGACCCCAGGUAGGAUUCGGAUCCCUACGUCAUCAUCAGGCUAUCGGUUGUGGUGA